AUGAAUGUCAUAGACCAUGUUCGGGAUAUGGCGGCUGCAGGACUUCAUUCGAACGUGCGGAUAAUAAGCAGCCUGUUACUGACGAUGAGCAAUAACAACCCAGAACUGUUCUCCCCGUCUCAGAAGUACCAGCUACUGGUGUACCAUGCAGACGCACUGUUUCACGACAAGGAGUACAGAAACGCAGGGUGCAAGUAUAGGAUGGCUCUGCAGCAGAAGAAGGUACUGAGUAAAACCUCCAAAGUGCGUCCUUCUACGGGGGGCACUGCGUCCUCGCUGCAGUCACAGAGCCUUCCUUCCGAGAUCGAAGUGAAGUACAAGAUUGCCGAAUGCUAUACUAUUCUGAAGCUGGACAGGGACGCCAUCGCUGUGCUGGAUGGGAUCCCCUCCCGCCAGAGAACCCCCAAGAUCAACAUGAUGCUGGCUAACCUGUACAGAAAGGCGGGUCAGGAGCGGUCUGCGGUGACCAGCUACAAAGAAGUCCUGAGGCAGUGCCCCCUGGCACUCGACGCCAUAAUUGGCCUUCUCUCUCUGUCGGUGAAAGGAGCUGAAGUGGCGUCAAUGACCAUGGACGUGAUUCAGAGCAUUCCCAAUCUGGACUGGCUCUCUGUGUGGAUAAAGGCCUACGCUUUCAUCCAUGCUGGGGACAACCACAGAGCCAUCAACACCAUCUGCUCACUGGAGAAGAAGUCUCUGCUGCGGGACAAUGUGGAUCUGCUGGUGAGCCUAGCAGACCUGUACUUCAGGGCAGGGGACACCAAGAACUCCAUCCUAAAAUUUGAGCAGGCCCAGAUGCUGGAUCCCUAUCUGAUCAAAGGCAUGGACGUGUACGGCUAUCUGAUGGCUCGCGAGGGGCACCUGGAGGACGUGGAGGUCCUGGGGGGGCGACUGUUCAACAUCUCCGACCAGCACGCGGAACCCUGGGUUAUCUCCGGCUGCCACAGCUUCUACAGCAAGCGCUACUCUCGCGCCCUCUACCUGGGCGCCAAGGCCAUCCAGCUGAACAGCAACAGCGUUCAGGCGCUCCUCCUGAAGGGGGCAGCGCUGCGCAACAUGGGCCGCGUGCAGGAGGCCAUCAUCCACUUCCGCGAGGCCAUGCGCCUCGCCCCCUGCCGCCUCGACUGCUACGAAGGGCUGAUCGACUGCUACCUGGCCUCCAACGGGAUCCGGGAGGCGAUGGGGAUGGCCAACAACAUCUACAAGACGCUGGGCGCCAACGCCCAGACCCUGACCAUCCUGGCCACGGUGUGCCUGGAGGACCCCAUGACCCAGGAGAAGGCCAAGACCCUGCUGGACAAGGCGCUGGCGCAGAGGCCCGACUACAUCAAGGCCGUGGUGAAGAAGGCCGAGCUGCUGAGCCGAGAACAGAAAUAUGAGGAGGGAAUUGCUUUGCUGCGACACGCUCUGGCCAAUCAGAGCGACUGUGUGCUGCACAGGAUGCUGGGAGAUUUCCUGGUGGCUGUCAAUGACUAUCAAGAGGCAAUGGACCAAUACAGCAUCGCACUCAGCCUGGACCCCAACGACCAGAAGUCCCUGGAGGGCAUGCAGAAGAUGGAGAAGGAGGAGAGCCCGACGGAGGCCACGGUGGAGGAGGACGGCGACGACAUGGAGGGCAGCGGGGAGGACGGGGACCUGGAGGGGAGCGACAGCGAGGCGGCGCAGUGGGCCGACCAGGAGCAGUGGUUCGGCAUGCAGUGACCCCUGCCCCCCCCCCCAGCUCCCGACGCGCGCCCCGGGGGCCUCUGGGGUACGGCGACGCGCUCCGCCCCCGCCGCGCUCGCCCGAUCGAGCGGCGGGGAUCUGAACCCCCUUUUCUAUCCUUUCUGCGCUCGCCACACCCCCGAAAAUCUGGUCUCGUCGGCGGGACCUGCACCCCAGGGAGAAGGGGCCCUGCUCAGGUGAGAGGGCGUGGCUGGGUGUGGCCCCAGCACCUCCUACCGGGGUGCGGGGGGGGGGGCUCCACUCGGUCUUGUGGACGGUGUAGGAGCUGGGCUCGGGCAUUACACCUGCCGUGUGAGGACUGUGUACAUGUCCAAACUGGGAUGAGAGAGUUCACUGCAAUACGCUUAUUUUGCUGCUUUUGUCUUUCUUUUUUUUUCCCUUAUGGGUGUUCUCUCUGCUCCCUCUUCCUGUACGACUGCAGUCUGUCAUUAGUAUUUAAGCUUUGCCUUAUGAAAUUUGUGAAACUGUAUACAUUCAUAUCGUUUUUCUGACUUGACUUCUUUGGCCUGCUUUAUUCCCUAAUCAUGUAAUGGUUUUGUUUAAAUUUUUAAUUCUCUUUUUUUGGGGGUGGGGAUGGGGGGGUGGGAGAGACAUAAAUGUUGUGGGGGGAGGGGGGGUUUGUAAUGAAGAUGUUUAUAACAAAGUGUAGUGUGCUGUAUAUAUACAUAUAUAACAAUCUUGUGUAGUGUAGACAAAAUAAAUACAAUCAUGGCUGUA